AUGGAAGUAGUAGCAGCAGCCAUUACAGAAAACAACAAUGCAACCUAUGAUUCUUUCUGUUUGACGAAUGCGAAAAAUAAUAAAAUGAAAGUGAAUAGCGCCGAUCCUUUGAACUGGGGUGCAGCAGCAGAGGCAAUGAAAGGAAGUCAUCUGGAUGAGGUGAAACGUAUGGUGGAGGAGUAUCGGAAGCCGGUGGUACGACUUGGUGGCGAGACGCUGACAAUUUCUCAGGUGGCUGCCAUUGCUGCACACGACCAUGGCAUGAAGGUGGAGUUGUCGGAAUCCGCAAGAGCUGGUGUUAAGGCCAGCAGUGACUGGGUGAUGGAGAGUAUGAAUAAAGGCACAGACAGCUACGGUGUCACCACUGGUUUUGGUGCAACCUCACAUCGCCGAACAAAACAAGGUGGUGCUCUGCAGAAAGAACUCAUCAGAUUUUUGAAUGCUGGAAUAUUUGGAAAUAGAACUGACUCAAACCACACAUUACCACACACAGCAACAAGAGCUGCUAUGUUAGUGCGAAUCAACACACUUCUCCAAGGCUAUUCAGGCAUUAGAUUUGAGAUCCUAGAAGCCAUAACCAAGCUUAUUAACAACAACGUUACUCCUUGUUUGCCGCUUCGAGGUACAAUCACAGCUUCAGGAGAUUUAGUCCCUUUAUCUUACAUUGCUGGUUUACUAACCGGAAGACCGAAUUCGAAAGCUCAUGGACCCUCUGGAGAGAUCCUUAAUGCAAAAGAAGCUUUUCAGUUGGCUGAAAUCAAUGCUGAUUUCUUUGAAUUACAACCAAAAGAAGGUCUUGCACUUGUUAAUGGAACUGCUGUUGGUUCUGGUUUAGCUUCCAUUGUUCUAUUUGAAGCUAACAUUCUGGCCGUAUUGUCUGAAGUCCUUUCCGCUAUUUUCGCUGAAGUCAUGCAAGGAAAACCUGAAUUUACUGAUCAUUUGACACAUAAGUUGAAGCAUCAUCCAGGUCAAAUUGAAGCUGCUGCUAUUAUGGAACAUAUUUUGGAUGGAAGUGCUUAUGUGAAAGCAGCUAAGAAGUUGCAUGAGAUGGAUCCUUUGCAGAAACCAAAACAAGAUCGAUACGCGCUAAGAACUUCACCGCAAUGGCUCGGUCCUUUGAUUGAAGUGAUUAGAUUCUCCACUAAGUCAAUUGAGAGGGAGAUUAAUUCUGUUAAUGAUAACCCUUUGAUUGAUGUUUCAAGAAACAAGGCUUUGCAUGGUGGAAAUUUUCAAGGAACACCUAUUGGAGUAUCCAUGGAUAAUACGCGUUUGGCUCUCGCAUCAAUCGGUAAACUCAUGUUUGCUCAAUUCUCCGAACUUGUUAACGAUUUUUACAAUAACGGUCUGCCUUCAAAUCUUUCUGCCAGUAGAAACCCCAGCUUGGAUUAUGGUUUCAAAGGAUCUGAAAUUGCCAUGGCUUCUUAUUGUUCCGAGUUACAGUAUCUUGCGAAUCCGGUCACAACUCAUGUUCAAAGUGCCGAGCAACACAACCAAGAUGUGAACUCUUUGGGUUUGAUUUCUUCUCGGAAAACAUACGAAGCCAUUGAGAUUCUUCAACUCAUGUCCUCCACAUUCUUGAUUGCACUUUGUCAAGCAAUUGACUUAAGACAUUUGGAGGAGAAUUUGAAAAACUCGGUUAAGAAUAUCGUAAGCCAAGUUGCGAAAAGGACGCUUACAACCGGUGUCAACGGAGAACUCCAUCCUUCACGGUUUUGUGAAAAGGACUUAUUGAGAGUGGUUGAUAGGGAGCACGUGUUUGCCUAUAUUGAUGAUCCUUGUAGUGCUACAUAUCCAUUGAUGCAAAAACUAAGGCAAGUGCUAGUGGAUCAUGCAUUAGUAAAUGGAGAAAGUGAGAAUAAUUUGAACACUUCAAUCUUUCAAAAGAUUGCAACUUUUGAGGAUGAGUUGAAGGCCAUGUUGCCAAAAGAGGUUGAAAGUGCAAGAUUUGAAUAUGAGACUGGAAAUCCAACAAUUCCAAACAAGAUCAAUGAAUGUAGAUCUUGUCCACUUUAUAGAUUUGUGAGAGAAGAGUUGGGAACUUGUUUGUUAACAGGAGAAAAGGUUAUUUCACCAGGUGAAGAGUGUGACAAAUUGUUCACAGCUAUGUGUGAGGGGAAAAUCAUUGAUCCUCUUCUUGAAUGCUUGGGAGAGUGGAAUGGUUCUCCUCUUCCAAUUUGUUAA